GAGGAGAACGGAAGGAUCUAUGCCUCGUACGGAAUACACAAACCCUGGAUGCCUGUUGAUGACCACGAGAUGGAUCGUAAUGAUCUACAGCACCGCAAAUUCACUCUUCUUAUGCAAGACCAGCUCUUCCUCGCGCCAGUCGGAGAUAGUCCGCAAAAGAUCCUCGAUCUCGGCACAGGUUCCGGUAUCUGGGCCAUAGACGUCGCGGACCAGUAUCCGUCUGCGCAGGUCAUUGGCGUAGACACGGCCCCUGUCCAGCCCGGUAUCUUGCCUCCGAACCUGUUCUUUGAAGUCGAUGACAUCGAGCACGACUGGCUAUGGGAGCGGUCGAGCUUCGACUUCAUUCACGGUCGAGAGCUCAUCAUGGCCAUACGCGAUUGGCCACGACUCAUCCGCCAGGCGUUCCAUCACCUCAAGCCAGGAGGGUACCUGCAGCUCGCAGGAUCCUACCCGGACUUCCAGUCUGAUGACGGGACCUUGCCCUUGGAUUCGGCGUACGUUGAAAUGGGCAAGAUCUACUUCGACAUGUCGGAGCGGAUAGGUGCAUCCGGGCGAGAGGUGCUAAUGUGGAAGAGCUACCUCCAGCAAGCUGGCUUCGACGACGUUCACGAGCGCCUGUACAAGAUACCUACGAACCCAUGGCCCAAGGACGAGAGGCUCAAGAGAGUGGGCAUCGUCGAGCUUAGCCAUUUCCGCGAAAACAUCGCCAACGUCUUUGCUAGGGGGUAUGAGCAGAUCCUGGGCGGCGACCCGGCGUACUUUCAGGUUCUUCUUGCUCGGGCACGUCAAGAAGUUCUCGAUAGGUGCAUGCACAGCUGGGUGCCAUUCUAUGUCGUCUAUGGCCGGCGACCGGAUAUAAUCGCAAAAGCUGACUGACAGCUACGAGCGGAGCCAUGUCGUGACCGAUGCGGGAACAAGCCUUCAAGCAUCUUGCCAGGUUCCAGCUUUCGGCUUCGUGUCGCAGACUCAGAAUAUUGUGGAUAAUGUCAAGGCA